AUGCCCAAGCUCAUCAGUGCCUUAGUGUUUACUGCCCUGGCAGCGUGCGCGCUGGCUUCACCAAUUGCCGAGCCCGCUGUCACGGAGGCUCCGAAUGCAAAUCUAGCAAAAAGAGCUACGAGUUGCACGUUCUCGGGAUCUAAUGGGGCCUCUUCUGCGAGUGCUAGUCAGAAGUCAUGCUCUACAAUUGUCCUGUCAAGUAUCGCUGUGCCCUCCGGUGUAACUCUUGAUCUCAGUGAUCUGGAAGACGAUACCACGGUCAUUUUCGAGGGCGAGACUACUUGGGGUUAUGAGGAAUGGGAUGGACCUCUGCUUCAAAUAUCGGGUAAUAAAAUUACCAUCGAAGGUGCUAGCGGUGCUUACCUGAACCCUGAUGGAUCGCGUUGGUGGGAUGGCGAGGGUGGCAACGGUGGAAAGACGAAGCCUAAGUUCUUCUAUGCCCAUGAUUUGACAUCGUCAACCAUCACGAACCUUUACAUUGAGAACACACCAGUCCAGGCUGUGAGUAUUGACAAUGCCAAUGGCUUGACUAUCACGGAUAUGACAAUCAACAAUGAAGCUGGCGAUACUGCAGGGGGUGCCAAUACCGACGGAUUUGAUAUUGGCGACAGCACUAACGUCGUGAUUACGGGUGCCAAUGUGUAUAACCAGGACGACUGCGUUGCAGUUAACUCGGGAACGGACAUCACAUUCGAGAAUGGAGUUUGCAGUGGAGGUCAUGGGUUGUCCAUUGGAAGCGUUGGAGGAAGAAGCGAUAAUACCGUAAGCACGGUAACCUUCAAAAAUUCAGAAGUCAAAAGCUCUGUCAAUGGUAUCCGCAUUAAAGCUACGGAGGGAGACACUGGAGAGAUCACCGGCGUGACCUACAGCGAAAUCACGUUGAGUUCUAUCUCCGGUUACGGUAUUCUCAUUGAGCAAAACUAUGAUGGUGGCGAUCUCAAGGGAAGUCCGACAAGCGGCAUUCCUAUCACAGAUUUGACUCUCGAUAAUGUCUCUGGCAGCGAUGGAGUUGAUUCGAGUGCUUACAAUAUCGUCAUUGUCUGUGGCAGUGGUGCCUGCUCUGAUUGGACUUGGACUGACGUUACUGUUACUGGAGGUAAAACAUACAGCAGCUGUGAGAACGUUCCUUCGGGCAUCAGCUGCUAG